CAGAGAAUCCUGGGAGUUUAAUAUAUCUCGGAACAAAGUUGUGAAGUGUCAUCAGCAGAGACAGUGACAUUGGUAGUUGAAGCUUUUUAGCCCGAGAGUUUACAGGGAGCCACUAUUUGCUAUGGUGCGCUCAGUGAUUGUUUUGAAGUUGACAACUCCUUUUCUUUAGAUCUGGAACGGUGCUGGGAGUCGCUGCUGCACCCGGACCACAACCGGAGAUGGACCGGCGCCACCGUUGAAUCGCCCUGUGGGUCGUGGACAUGGAGCUGACGGUGCUCAUCACCAAACUAGGUCACCAGUUGAUGGAAAUCAGAGUUCGAGCUCUGAAGAAUAUUUUGAGCAAAAUUGAUCAUGGAUUGAUUUCCAUUUUUGAUUUGACACAAGAAAAGAGGCUCUUUAUUCGACUAUUUGAAUGGUUCAACUUCCCAACUGUUCCGAUGCAAGGAGAAGUGCUCAAGCUCUGUGGUCAACUUGUAAAGUAUUCAUCAGUGGCUCAAAUAUUUCGAGAAAUUGGAGCUUUGGAAUUUCUAGCACAAUUGCGACCCAAUGUGGAGCCAAAUAUGCAGGUCUGCAUUGAUGAGAUAAUGGAUGAUCUGCUUAAACUGCCUGACACAAUUGUGGAUGCUGAUCCAACUGUAGUCUAUCAGUUACAGCCUUCAAAAUCCUCUGACAAAGUAGUGUCCUCUGUACCACCUGAAGAGGGCACAACAGUUUUUGGUUACUUUCAGAAGCAUAACUGCAAUCAAGUGGAACCAAACAAUCAAGUGCCCCGGAAAGCAGUUGUUAAUGAUACAGUGAAAUGUCUGAAGUAUUCCACCUUCCCCUGGUUAACGCUGACUAUGACAGACAGGCAUGUUCUUCUAUCGAAUGAGAGCUCCUUGACCAGUACUAAUCAUACUUUAGUUCGCAAUACCUGCGAGCUUUUACAAGAUGUCAUCAUGCAGGAUUUUCCAGCUGAGAUCUUCCUUCAGCGGCCAAAGAUUGUUCAGAAUCUUCUUUUGUUGAUGAAGUUAGCAUUUGAACGCGAUGGAAAACAAUAUUUAGCAAUACUUGCUAUAGGCUGCCUGACUCAACUCUGCAGCUAUCUACAGAGUCGACUGAACUUCCACAGGGAUCCCAGCUUCUUCUCCAUAAAGCAAGACUUAAUUUCCCAGAACUCCUCAUUGACUUAUUCCCAGGAAGCACACGGGAUGCAUGUUUCCCAAAAUCCAUCACCUAGGAGUACUAGUCCUAGACCAUCAGUGAUUGGACGAACAGUACAGCGUCCCAGAGGAGAUGGACAAGAUGGUGAUGCAGUAUCUUCAAGUGGAAGUAGUUCUCAAGGAUUUCCCAACAGCAGAAGUUCAGUGUCUAAGCAUUCGGUGGCUGACUUGACCCAGUUGGAUCUGCCUGAGAUGGAAAGUGAGAAUUCCUUGGAACUUCAGUUCCAGCAGCUUAGUCUUCCACAGUUCUGUGUAACUCUCCUGGAACAUGCAGUACCUUUGCUCAAAACAGGUAGUAGGAAGAUUGUGAUAUGUGUACUAGAGCUUUUGACAGAACUGGUGAUGCUUAUUAGUGAUUCAAUCUCUGAAGACGUCUGGGAUGAUGAGAGUCUGACCGGUCGAGAACUGAAGGAAAGUCUGAUAGGAUCAUUGGAUGCUUUGGGGGAAGUUCUUGCUUAUCAUAAUACCAGCAUUGCUGUAGAACAACAAGAAGCGGCUAUUGUGCACCACCGAUUAGCGUUUAUUAGUAUUGCGCUAUUCUCUGUGCGUUUUCUGCAAGUAGUCCUCCCUGUAGAGAAGGCUAGUGAAGUUCUACCAGAGAGCAUAGGAAAUGCACUUUAUCUUCUGUCUCUGGAUGUCCCAUUCCGUUUGAGCUAUUUCAGCAUUCAUGAGUCCAUCACUGUCUACUUAGAGAAGGUCAGCUUGCAGAGCUAUAAUAUGUACAAGAGAGCCACAGAGGUAGCACACUCAAUGGAGUAUGCAUGUUCUUUUAUCAAGGAUGUUGAAGCAAAGAGUGAACGGGAUCUGAUGGAAUUGAUUGAGUUAGCAGACCAGGCUGUGCUCAGCCUUCCCUACCAUCAACAGCUACAGCUGGUCCAGAAGUUUAUUGACAUCUGCUCAGAAAUUUCUAAAUCUGCACAGGCCAGCCCAAUACUUGAAGGAGAAAGUCAGAAAGUGUUCCUAAAACUGUUGUCUCAUCCUUUGCCAGUUGUUAAAACUAAGACCUAUCAUUACUCCUUAGCUGUUGUCAAGAAUUGCUUGGGAAUCCACAAUGUUACCAAACCAGCAUCAUCAGCAUCUCAUGGCAUUCACUUCCUCCUCCAUCCUCGUGUUCUGUAUGAAAUAUGCACUUUUGGUUUACAAGACUCUGCUGUGAAGGUGAACACUGCUGCGAAGGACAUUCUCCUUUACUUAAUGCAAGGAUACCUAGUUAUGAGUGCUUUAAGCUGGAACAAGUUACUAGAAGCUUUAUAUCCUGUUAUUCCUGUCCUGCAGGGGUUUGCAACUGUCGAAGAGUCACUAGGUCGCUGUAUUCUUGCAUUGAGUGAGCCAUGCAGUGGAUCUGUACCUGGAGUUUUAUCAAAGACAGCAAGGAUCCAUGCCUCUCUACGACUCUUUAUGAGUAAACAGCAUCCAGUGCGAUCCGUGGCUAUUACACACUUAAUGCCACACCUGCUAAAUGAAGACAGGGUCACUGAUAAACUGCCUGCAUUACAAGGAAGUAUAUUCAACAAUGUGUCUGAUCUGUAUAUAUUGGAUAAGCCUAUUGACUUACAGUUGGAAGACAUUGGCAAAACAUUUUUAAAGGAUGAUAGUAUUUAUAAAGUAUAUGAAAUCUUGAUCUCGGAGACUGUUGACCUGAUUCUACGGAAAUCUGCAGCAGAACAGCUAGCAAUUAUGGCACAAGAUGCUAAAAUCCAUGAAGCACUAAAAAACCUUGGAAUAGUAGAAAAGAUAGUUUCACUGAUAUAUGAAAGUGUACACAAAAAUGGAAAGGGCAUGCAGUGUUUAGUGUUGCCAUGUGUUUCUGUUUUACGGAAACUGGUUUACCUGGAUCCUGCACUUCGUCACGACCUGGCUCAGCAAUCCUCUUUUCUACUUGCUCUUUUCAGAGUAUCCUUAGUUUUGCAGAAAGACAAAGAUACAAUUUCUGAGGUGGCAGCCUUGCUGACUCUGCUUCUUUUUGAUGAAGUAGCCAGAAUGGAUACUUGGUCUGAUAGUGCUGCCACUCCAACUCCAUUCAGCUUGCCUGUGGUUGUAACUCAGAGGUACAAUUUGAUGGUCAAAGUGGCAGUUCAUCAUGCUGUGAGCCCCUACUGUAUUGUUGUUCUAUCCAGUUCGGACCCCAUGACCUUGACACCUGUACUGGAUACGUUGAAACUAGCCUGGAAUCUUGCAUGGAAUAAUGGAAUUGAGCAGACCUUGGAUCAGGAAGGAGGUCAAAGAACUGAUACUUCAUCAGAGUUUCCAGAAGACAUGAGGCUGUCUCCUGUUGACAAAAUAGUGCUUAAAACAAGUCACAUUACCAGUGGUCUGCAGGAUUCUCUUCUUUCCAUCACCAAUGCUGUCUCUCACAGUGCCGUCUAUUCUGCUCUUGCCAGGAUGAGAUUGUAUUUAUUGAAUGACAAACUAGCAUUAAAACAAGGAUCUGGCAGCUGUAUAUCUAUAUUACACAACCUUCAGUGGCAUACAGUAUUGGGCAGGUUUUUACAAGUUCUUCCAGCCUGUGCUGAAGAUGAGAAGCUUUUGGCUGAUGUUGUUGUUUUCCUAACCAAAACCUUGAUAGCUCAAAGAGAUGCUCCAAAUGCCAAAUAUCUAAGCUCACUCCUGGAUCUCCUGGUUAGACAGGAAAGCAGUUCACUUCUGAAUUUACUGGUGCAGACCGAAUCACCAGCUCAAGGUGAAAUGGAUGAAGUUGAUACUCUUGUAAGACUGAAGCUACAGAAGGAGUUGACAAGAUUCUUCAAUGCAAUAUUACGAUCCCUCACUUCUGUUACAGACAGGAAGUGCCUGUUUUUGGCUGGUCCUUUCAGAACCCAGCUGUCAGUCAAACUCUUGCAGUGCUUGCGGAUUACAGAUGCUCCAAAUUUCUAUGGGCUUCCUUCAUUAGAGCGGGCACUACAUGGAAUGGUCCACGUCCUGGCUCUUCCUGGAUGGAGUCUGCACUCAGCCACUGUGGAAUCCUAUUCACUUUGUACUAAAUAUCUGACUGGCCUUCUGGAGGUCAUUUCAUCCUUUUAUGUGGAAUGGGGAGGAAAUGCAGUAUCUUUCAUGGGGAAAGGAGUCACAAAGAAUGCAGUUAUCUGCUUGCUCCAGCUGUCCUAUGAGAUGAAAACGCAAGCCAAGGAUAAGGAUUGGAUAUCCAUGUGGUCUUUGGUCUAUGAACGUAACAAUGAGGAUCAUGUAGCUCCACGAUUGGACCUAGCCUGGCUAAUUCCUCUGUGGGUUGACCGAGACCCUGAGGUUCGUUUUGGCAGCUUGGGCAUUGGAUCAGCAUUAACACUGGUAGAAGGUGGCUGUGUUGCAUUGGCAGCCAGCUGUCAAAACAUUUCUGGAGGAUUAUGGGGUACGCUGCUAAAUAUUCUUCUAGACCAAUCAGAGUGCAGUAUGGUUCGUAAAGAGGCAGCAGCUAUUCUGCAGAACCUGCUGAUGAUUCGUAUGCCGGCCACUAUGGAGGAAGCCAAAAAUUGUAGCUGGCAGAGCCCCUGUGUUCAUGAUGAGGAGUCUGGCUUAUCUCUAGUCGGGCUGCCUGCUCUCCAGGCCCUUUUAUACCACUGUCAGUUCUACGAUCAUGUGGCUCAAAUGGCAAAACACUGCUACCUGGGAAGAUACAUGUUUGAUUUGAACUUUCCAAAACCUAGCAGCACUUUGCUCAGCACCACUUCUGAAGAUGCUGAGUCACUGCAGUACUGGAGAGCAUCAUCCAGCCUGUCAAAUCACAGUCAGCUGUCAUGUUUUCCAUCAACAUCAAGCACUGUGAUUUUGCCAGCCUCAUCUUUGUCCAUUGCUGAAUCUGAGUUCCAUGGACUACUUCAGGCAUCAGCAGUAUCUCCCAUUCUUGUUCCUGAAUCUCCCAUCAACAGGUUGACAGCUCAAGGUCAGAGUAAUUCAGAGAUUACAAUAUCACUUCACAGUGAGAAUUCCUGUGAUUCUGAACCUGCUUCGGAGCAAUGUGCAGUUGUUACUCCUCAGUUCUUGUCAGCUGUAUGCAGCUUGCUUUCUAACUUACUGGCAGUCGUUCCAGAAGACACAUUAACUGGAUUCAAGCAAAACCACCUUCUUGAAGCUUUCAUUGGAUUGACAAAUGCCAGUUUACUAGAGAAGUGCUUAUGGGAGCUGGGAAUACCACUGACUCGACCGAGCCAUCGUCAGGAUAUUAAAGUACAGGUAUUGAGCCACCUUCAGUAUCUAUCCUCGCUUUCUGGGUUAAUCCAGUCCUGUGUAAUCCUGCAUCCAGAGCUCAUAAACCAAGAUGUCUUGUUGAAGCCUUUGUUGUCUAAUGCAUUUGCAGUACUUUGUAUACGCUGCAAAGAUUAUUUUGGCUAUGAAGUAACAUCUGGCAUCUACCAAGCUUGGAUGGACUUAUUUAUUCUUUUGAUUACAAUUCUACGGAAGUGUGGUCAGGCUGUAUUCCCUGCUGUCGUAACUGCUGUGGCAAAGCAGUGGGUUCCUCUCUUAGAGACUAUUUCCUUGUGCAUUCAGCUGUCUACCAUCAAUCCUAGUCUGUAUACAGUGUCCUUGCAGUUCUUCUCUCUUCUUCUGGUGGAAGAGGGAAAGCGGCAGCUUGGAGCAGAAGGUCAACCACUCAUGUCUCCUUCACUUACAAAGCUUCUGGAUGAAGCUGAAGAUGAUGUAUCAUCAGGGAGCAAGAUCUGUGAGAACAUAUUACAGAGCUACGAGGGUAAAUCAUCUGAAGAUACUCAGAGGAAAGUUGCUGCAGGUGCUCUCACCACAUUACUUCCUGUGAGUGCCUGUGCACAGAAACACGCCUUGCAGGCUGGCCUUAUUGACAGCUGUAUAGAACAGAUGAAGCAAACAUAUGUACAAUUCAACUUGGAUUCAUUGAGACCCGGAAAAGUGAUACAAAGGAGAAAGGAUGACCCUCUGACCAGAGAACUGAAAGCAGUAAUGCAGUUGCUGCGGAAUUGUCUACACCACAAUAUCGAAUGCAAAGUUGCAGCAUCCGAUGCUCAUCUUGUCAGUGCUGUCCAUUCACUUUGGCCCUGGCUUCUAAUGGAUGAUGUGCUGAUGUUGGAAGCUCUGAAGCUGCUCUGUGUCUACACUGCUAACCUUCCUGCACCAUGUGUUUCCCUGUGUUGUGGAACUGGAGGACCAGUUUCAUCUCAGAAAGGACUUGGCGGGAGCAGUCUCGUGCAUAUGAUCAUGAAGCAAGCCUUGCAAAAGACACAUGACAGUAAUAUCAUUCAACAAAUAGCAUUUGCUGUGCUCUCCAACUUGGUUAUAUCCCACGAAUGUAAAGGCGUUUUACAAAAGAGCAAUUUUUUACAUAACUUCGUUUCCCUGCCAUUACCAAAGGCUGCAGGCAGACAAGUUAGCAAUUUGACCAUGCUUUGGCUGAAGCUUUUACUGAAUUUGUCUUUUGGAGAUGAGGGACAACAGAUGAUUCUAAAAAUGAAUGGAAGUCUGGAGCUGUUGUCAACAAUAUCUCAGCAAAAGUGCAAAAGCAACCAACCCACUGCACUGCUUGUUCUUCACAAUAUUUGCUUCCAUCCUGCUAACAAGCCAAAGGUUCUAGCUAAUGAUAAAACUGUGUCAAUAUUUUCUUCUUGUCUAGAAAAUGACAAUCCUGUGGUUCAGACUAUAGGAGCCUCAGCUCUCUGGGCUUUGCUCCAUAACUAUCAAAAGGCGAAGGUGACACUGAAAAAUCCAUCAAUCAAGAGGAGAGUGGAUGAAGCUUAUUUAGCAGUUAAAAAGUGUCUACCUGAAGGUCCCCUAAAUGUUUAUCUUUUGAGGUGUCUGGAAAAUCUUGCAGUCCUACUGACCAGUUAAUAAUUUACCUAAAUGUGUGAGCAUUUUAUUAUGAAGUGAAGUGCAAUCUUGCUGUAAAUCAUCUGUAUGUUUCAUUGAAAUUCUA